AUGCCGGUGAUGGUGACCUUGGCCGGCCCAGCCCCCUGGGGCUUCCGCAUCACCGGGGGAAGAGACUUUGGGAAGCCCAUCACCGUCUCCAAGGUGACAGAGCAAGGGAAGGCGGCCGCGGGUGAUCUCCGGCCGGGGGAUGUCAUCGUCGCCAUCAAUGGGGAGAGCGCAGCCGAGAUGCUCAACGUGGAGGCGCAGAAUAAGAUCAAGCAGAGCCCUGGGCAGCUCCGGCUGCAGGUGGAGAGAUCCCCGAUGCCACCUCCCAGCCACGCCAAUGGGGACACCUCACCAGAGAGGCUGGCCACACGCUUCCAGGACACACUGCGGAUGCAGGAAGAGAGCCAGGACACCCUGAGAGCCUCCUACUCCAGCCCGACAUCCCUCAGCCCCCUGCCCGGCACUGGCAGCUCACAGCCCCUGGAGAAGGAGUUUGCCUGUCCCGGCCUCUGCCAGAAGCGAGGAAGCCUGAGUCGCCAGAACAGCUCUCCAGGCUCAAUCCUGCCUCCGCCCCCCCGCCCACCCUCACCGGGGCUCGGGGCCCCCCCAAACCCCUGGGAGACGCGCAGAGAGCGGCGUCGCUCUUCGUCCUCUCCCAGCCCCUGCAACAGCCUGGGCUUGGAACCGGCCAUGAGGCGCUUGGAGGAGGAUUCGGAGGUCUACAAGAUGCUGCAGGAGAACCGGGAGCUGCGGGUGGCCCCACGGCAGUCCAGCACUUUCCGCCUGCUGCAGGAGGCUUUGGAAGAUGAGGGCGGAGGUGAGGAGGCCCCUUUCCCCAGCCGGCUCUCGCCCAGCGCCCGCAAGCCCGUGGCCGGCGUCCAGAAGCUGCACGUCUGCGAGAAGUGCGGCAGCACCAUCGCGAUGCAAGCGGUGCGGAUCCAGGAUGGCCGCUACCGGCACCCGUCGUGCUACGCCUGCGCCGACUGCGGCCUCAACCUGAAGAUGCGGGGUCACUUUUGGGUGGGUGACGAGCUCUACUGCGAGAAGCACGCCCGCCUGCGCUACCAGAGCACCCUGGGGGGGCCCGCCAACCCCUCUGUGUCCCCCCACUCCUGA